AUGCAAAGUCUAUCUAUUUCUGAGAGUGUAUUCCAGCCUCCAGCGGUCUGGAAUGAUGAAGAUGAAAUUUAUCGUUUGUUCGUUGAAAUCAAGAGACCAAGACAGAUCGACCCUGUUGGCUAUAACUAUAAAAUUUCCUUCUGGAGGGAUCUUAUUAUCAGUUAUGCGAAGUUUCAUCGUAUCGUAGUUAUAACCGAAAAAUCUUUAACCGAGGCUUUUAAAAGAACUUUUGAUUCUGAUGGAGUUGUGUAUAAACCUAGAUGCUUGCAUCAGGUUUUGUCUGAAAUGAUGAACUCAGGAUUGGUGAAGCCAGUCGAUAAUAACACUUUGAUUGAUAAUUUCCUCAACGCUGGAUAUACAUGGGUUAUCAAAAAGCCGGUUGCAUGGGCAUGGUCUCUUUUAAGUGGAGAAGAAACUUUGAACGAAGACCUAAAUAAAAGGAUUUAUGGAACGGAGCAUACACCGUUGUAUCUCACUGACCUGGUUGCACCAUUGUGUGAUGAUUUUCUAAAUGAAUACAAACAAGAUCAUGAUUCUCUAAUCAUGGAAGGUCAUGUCUAUUCUUUGGAGGAUUUUGAUGAAGCACUUAAAAGAUUUUUCUGUCAUACGGAGUCGCGAGAUUUUAUUAAAAAUCAACUUACUGGGAGAGGCUUCAUAAAAAUAGAUUUCUCUGCAUCUGUUCCGUUGGUGUUUUUUCUCAGUGAUGCUCCACUAGUAAAUUUCGAUCCCAUUACUUUAUCGUCAGUCGCUCGUCUAAGAAAGUUAAUGAAACAGAUUACACAAGAUCAGCAAAGUCUUUCUAAUGAAAUUUUUAAUCGUCGUCAAAAGAUUAAGGCCCUUGUUAGGAGUAAUCGAAAGUACGAUGCUCUAAAUUUACUUCGCCGCUGUAAGCAAAUUGAGAAAGAAUUAGAACGAAAAUCACAAUAUUUGAUGCAAUUAGAAAUGUUGGAGUUGAAAAUCUCAGCAGCUAAGGAUAACAAGACUGUUCUCAAUGCUAUAUCUGAAGCAAACUCUGCUUUGAAACUAACUACUGGUGGUUUGUCGGGUCUUGAUGAUGCUGAAAGAACCAUGGAUGACUUGGCUGCAAAUAUCGAGGAUCAGCAAGCUGUUUCUCAAGCACUUGCAUCUCCGAUUGAUAGUUUAUCUCGAGAUAUCGAUGAAGACAAACUGACUGAAGAGCUAGACGACCUAAUGACUUUGGAAUCGGAAUUACCAUCGGAGGAAAUGAAGGAUUCAGCCGAUAUCUCUAGGCUUCCCUCACCUCCCAGUCACAGGGUAGGUGAAUCAGCUGAUGAAGAGGAUGGAAUCUUACGAGCACUUAAUUCGCUCAAUCUCAAUCAGCCAAAGUCCUUUGUGAUGAAGUCUACGUUCAAAUCAUCGGAGUGA